CUGCACCAGCCAAAUUGUUCCGUCCAAAGCUAAGGGUAUAAGCCCUUGUCAUCCAACCAAUUCCACAAGGACAACAACAAAAUCCUCAUCAUCCCCUCCAUUGUUGAUGGUUCAAGGCUUUUCCAUCGUAUCUUUGAGACACCAAUCUCUUUGCAUAAAAAUUAUGCAAUGAAGACCCUCAAUGGAGCAACUCCAAGCUCGACACCGCUCUCGGUUCUCUCCGAGGGAAGAACAGAAACCAGAAAAGCACCAUUGGUCUCCAUUGCUUCACCACUCAAACUCCCAAACUCCCCGGCUUGUAUUAAGACGCGACCAGUUUUGCAAGAGUGUUUGUCUAGAAGCUUGCAUGGGGGUCUAGUGCUACUGUCAUCAUUUCUCUCCGCUGGUUUCGCUAAAGCUUUGUCAUACGAGGAAGCCUUGCAGCAGACUACGGGAUCCCCCUCGUCAUUGGAAGUAGAUCCAAAUGGGAUUCUUGAUAGUUUCGUUGGUUUCGCAACUGAGAAUCCCACAGUUGUAGCCGGUGGCAUUGUUGUUUUGACAGUUCCAUUGAUUUUGUCUCAGCUGUUGAAGAAUCCAAAGCCAUGGGGAGUUGAGUCUGCAAGGAAUGCUUAUACGAAGCUAGGUGAUGAUGCCACUGCUCAGUUGCUGGACAUAAGGCCACUCAAGGAGUUUAAAGAGAUUGGUAGCCCUGACAUAAAGGGUCUGGGGAAGAAGCCGGUGUCCAUUGCCUAUAAUGGUGAAGAUAAACCAGGGUUCUUGAAAAAACUGUCUUUGAAAUUCAAGGAACCAGAAAAUACUACCUUGUUCAUAAUAGACAAAUUUGAUGGGAACUCGGAACUGGUUGCGGAAUUGGUCACUGCGAAUGGAUUCAAAGCUGCUUAUGCAGUAAAAGAUGGUGCAGAUGGACCACGGGGAUGGGUGAACAGUGGUCUUCCCUGGAUAACACCAAAGAAAGGCCUUGACCUUGGCAAUUUAACAGAAGCAUUCACCGAGGCCUUGGAGUACGAAGGAUCAGAUGGCCUAUCUGUUUCUGUAGGUAUUGCUGCAGCUGCUGGACUAGGAUUUUUGGCAUUUUCAGAGUUAGACAUAAUCCUUCAACUUCUAGGCUCAGCAGCUAUUGUGCAGUUUGUAAGCAAGAAACUCCUAUAUGCAGAGGACCGAAAGCAAACUCUGCAACAAGUUGACGAAUUCAUAAACACAACGUUGGCUCCUAAGGAACUUGUUGACGAUGUAAAGCAAAUUGGAGUGGCCCUUCUACCUACAAGUACCAAUAGCAAGGUUCUUCCUGCACCUACGGAGGCAAAACCUGAACCCAAAGUCAAAGCAGCAGCAGCAGCAGAAUCCCCUCAAGUUAAUUCGGUUCACCAAACGAAAUCCGAGGCAGAUGGAAUCUCUGGAAUUUCUAGACCAUUUUCACCAUUUGCUUCUUAUCCAGAUUUGAAGCCUCCUACUUCGCCUACUCCAUCACAGCCUGCCACUAACAAAACCACUCUUUCACCUUCAGAGGCAAAACCGGAUCCAAAAGUUGAAGCAGCAGUAGAAACCCCUCUAAUUAAUUCAGUUCCCAAAACAGAAUCCGCGGCUGAUGGAAACUCCGGAUUCCCUAGACCACUUUCACCAUAUGCUUCUUAUCCUGAUUUGAAGCCGCCAACAUCUCCUACACCAUCACAGCCCUAGAGAUUCAUGGUUUCAUCAAACUAUGCCGGUUUCUACGGUAAGCAAAUUAAGAAAUUUUAAAGCCAUCAAGUAAGUCUUAGCUGGUUUUCAAGCUUAGAAAAUGUUUUGUAUCAAUAAACUAGAAAGAGGGGGGGAAGGAUAAACCUCCCAAAAGUCUGCUGCAAUCAUCUUGUUUUAAUUCAUUUGGCGUUUUGUAAUCAUUAGGUAUAUUAUAGAUAUUACAAUCACUACCUUUUGAUUUUGGAACUA